CUAACAGAACGAGACUCUCUACGGCGCUCCCUGCAUAACCUAAUUCAAAGAGAGAGAGAGGCUGAGGAAAAGAUGGGAGGAUCGAUUAAGGAGCAGACCGAGCAGUUGAAUCGAACCUUGAAUACCCACCUGAAUAACAUUCAUGAAACAUUCCAGAUAUUAGAAGACACACCUGUUUCAUCUUGUGGAAAAGUAAACUGGAUUGAAGUUAUUAAAAUGGGGGAACAAGUUUCUAAACAAGCCACUGUAGUUGGAAUGCUUUGGAAUGGAGGAAAGCCAAAAGCCAAACACUUGAAGGAGAACAUGGAAACAUACUUCAAUUUCAUACAGGGAUUUCUUUUCCUAGCUCAUGGAAGUAAAGUAGGUGCAGGUCCUACACUUUCAUCAUGUAUUGAUGUAGCAGUCAAGCAAGUUGUUCAUUGGAGUUUCAAUCUCUUUAAGGACUCUCUCCCUUUAUACGAAUCCGAAACGAUCGAUGAGAAAAACAAAGUCCCACAGUUAGUUGGGGCAGUAUGGGAUGCAUGUACUGCUCUUAAGAAGGUACCCACCACAAAUAUCACAGCUAUCGGACGUGCAAUAGCCCAAGUUGGAGUUUCCAUGAAGGAUGUUCUGCGUGAGAUGCAGGAAAUGAGGCUCGAAGUUCCUGGUUCAGAACCGAUUGAUGAUGAUGAUGAAGAUGACGAAGAUGGUGAUCUAUGCAACGUACUGUCACCUGAGGAGAUGAAAAUUGCUGAAUCGGCAAUGGAGGUUGUAUCAGAGACUAUUGUAAUGAUAAAAGAACUUAUCAGGUCCAUAACAGGUCUGGUAAAACGUGAAUCAUCAUCUAACACAGAAGGUUUUGUGGAAUGCUUAGAAAAGUUAAUGAAGGCUUGUAAAGAAACUGGAAGACAGAUUGAUGAACUUGGAGCUUGCUUAUACCCCCCUCAUGAAGUUUCUGAGAUGGAUGAAUUUUUGUAUAAGAUGGAUGACUGUAUUAAUGAUUUGGAAGCGCAGAUUAAAGAAGGCGGUUUUGAAGAGUUAUUAUCCGAAGCAUUCAGUCGCCUCAGGAGUUGCUUGAAACGUUUGAAAUCUGAUUUCGAUUGUGCUUGUGUCAAUGGGAUCGCGAAACGUGUUGAAGAGCUCGAAGUAGUAAGUAACUAGUAGUAUUAUUAUAUGUUCAAUUUUAACUCUCUUUUUUUCAAAUGAUUGUGACAAAAUACUUUGCCCAUUUACAAAAACUUGGAUCUUCAUUAGGUUUUCAAUGUUAAGUUCCAUUAUUCAAAA